UUCAGUCGAAUUUCAAAUCUAUCGUGGAAUGGAUAGCCUGCAAAGGUUUGACAAAAUUUACAAGUAUUUGCUCGUGAUGGCCCCAAUUAUGGGGGUCGACUUUUUUAAACAUUCUAAUCUGAAUUGGAGAAUAAUUCUCUGCAUUAGUGUUAUUAUGAUGGGAUCUAUUAGUGUUCUUUAUACAUUAUAUAUUGUUCGCGAUGAUUUCGUAAUUCAAUUGAAAUGCCUUUGUGCUGCAAUGCAAGCUAUUCAGGGUUCUACAAAACUUUACUGCACCCUUAAAUAUAAAAAGGGAACGGAACGACUCCUCACUUCUGUUCGAAAUGCUUUUAAGUUUAACAGGAACAGCGGACCUAGUCGAAAAAAAAUAAUGGAUAAAUGCGCAACAAGAUACACAAGUUUCGCGAAAUAUGCACUCUUUAUCUGCUUAAUUAUAAUUUUAAUAAUUGGCGCGUAUCCACUUUAUUCUUUCGUGCAACUAAAAAAAAUUGAACUCUUCUUUGAAAUACACUUGAUUGGCUUUCCCAUGAGUGAUGGCACAGCGAAGACUUAUACAUAUAACUAUUUAGCGCAACUUCUGGAAAUCUUUUAUGCAUAUCAGGGAAAUAUACUAUACGAUGCUGUGCUAUGUACAAUAGUUUUUGGUGUCUACGUAUCUGUUGAGUUACAACACGCAGCUUUUCAAGAAACACUCAAGUUUAUUCGGAAGGAUCAGCUACUGUACAAAACACAAUUAAAGAAUUGCAUGGUGUUGAAUCAAAGCAUAAACAGUUAUAUUCUGGAAUUAAAUAGGAUAUUCUCAUCAGUGGUAUUCGUCCAAAUUGGCACAGGUUCAGGAACACUGGCGUUGGGUUUGUUUUGUAUAGUCACGACUGACUGGUUAGGAGCCUAUGGAUUCGCAAUGUUUGGAUUCCUUCAAAUUAUCGAAUACUGUUUCAUCGGGACCUUUCUUGAAAUUUCGAGUGAGAGAUUAGCGAAUAUGAUAUAUGCAUACCCGUGGUACUUAACUUCGUGUGGAAAUCGCAGGAUGAUUUUGAUAGCACUUAUUAAAUCGCAACAGCCUACAAAAUUAACAAUUGGAGGAAUGGCGCAUUUGAAUAUUCAAUCGGGAACAGCUAUAAUCAAAACAAUCUACUCGUACUUAAUGAUGCUUCUCAAUUUCACAACUUAAGGAAGUUUCCUUUCACUCAGAAUUUUGAAGCACCUGCACAGACAUGGACUAGGAG